GGUUACCUCCAGCAUCCAGUUCGGGUUAGAAGUGCAAGUUUACAAUCGGUAAGAAUUAAUCAGGUUAAGGAGAGUGGUUGGUUUGGCCCAACCUGCUCUGACCGGGGUACCUAUACGCAAAUGUAUUACCAGCUCCGGAGAUCUGUAUCUUUUAUCUUAUCGGUUUAACUACACAGGAACUCUUCUCUCACCAUCCAUCCUUCAGCCAAAGAGCUACAAGCUAUGCUAUUCAGCGGCUCCCCGUCUAGCCAAUUCAUUCAGCCUCAUAACAACCAUCGCCGCGUGUUUCUUAAUUGAUAUGGAACUUACUUGGCUUGCUGAUGUGCCUCAAUCACGGCGCCGUACAAGAGCUGUACGGGCUUGCGCCGCAUGUCAACGACGAAAGAAACGCUGCCGUCACUUGGGCAUAGGCAUCAAUGGCCCGAGCCAAAAUCAGAGUCACAAUUCACCCCAUCCCAGUGGAGGCGCAUCCUCAGCAUCUGAUCAGCAAUCCACCCCCAAGACGCCCGCCCCAGAGGCUCCAGAUGUCUGCCGAGCAGACCGUUUUGUGGGAAACCUUAACCCAGAAGCUUUAAUCCGUGAGGAGCUUGACGCCACAUCUGUUGGUCAACUUCGCGGUCGAAUUGGUCUUUGGAUAAGCUCUCCAAUGCCACCUGACGGUGUCGGUGACAAUGGCGAAUCAUCCAAACCAAAUGCGGCCUUGUCAGAUUAUUUGGAUGGAAAAACACCUGCGGCACAAUCUGUAGCAUCCGCAUUGCAGCAACGGUAUGCGUCGGCCGUUAGAGCCUGCGAGCGUCUUCCACGUUCGACCCGAGAUCAUCUAAUCCGUGUUCAUUUCUCAAGAGUGAAUCACCUUCUCCCUCUUGUUGAUGAAGACACUUUUCUCCGGGCCUACUCGGGGGAAAUGACCUCUAUUUUUCUAGAAAGGGCGAUAUGCCUUGUUGCAGCGAAGGACGCUGCCGCUACCUCCUCCCUCCGCUUGGUCACGGAUGGUCCGCUUCUGACACCCCGACAAUUCUGUUCAGACGUGUACAACGGUCUCGUCGCUGCCAUGGACGCUGGGCUUGAGUCAGAUCGCAUCACACGAAUCCGUAUCCUCGCGCUGAUGUCUUUACACUGCGAAGGGUACGAGGGCGCAGAGGCUGCUUCUAUGCACAUAUGCCACGCUAUCCACCAAGCCCAAACGGCGGGUCUCCACCUCCACAGCCAGCCAGGCACGGUCCUGGGCGAAUCAAAAUGCAAUCUCUUUUGGUGUCUAUGGACCCUAGACAAAUUACAUGCUUGUAUAGGUGGCCGUCCUGUUCUGCUCGCGGACCGCGACAUUGGACUCGAAAAGCCACAUGUGUCAAACCCCCAUUCCCGAUCCGCCUUUGAGGUUUGGUUCGCGAUUUCAGACUUACUUGCGACUAUUAUCUCGCUCUAUAGACCCAACGCGGAUGACAAUGUGGGCUGGCUGGGGGGUUUCCCGGCCUUCGAAGAAUUGAUGGGUGACGACAUCCGUGCGGACUUGGAUUUUGCUACUCUCGGGUUUUUGGAGUUGUACUACAAUGCAGCUGUCAUCCUUUCGUGCAGAUACCACCUGUCCGACCAUCCCGACAGCUCUAACCCUUCAUAUAUUCGCCAAGGUCUCGCUGCUAUAAGGAUACAGUCGAUUGUCGCCACCGAAUGCUGUCAGAACCUGAGCCCUCUUCCUGUUGUACCAUAUGCCUUAGCUCUGUCGAUGGCCGUUGCAUACCAGCAGUUUCGCUCGAGUAGACUCAUCACCCAUUCGGAUCGCGCCAAGGCUAGCUUGGAUGUCUGCUGCUCCCUUCUUGAAGCACUCGGAAUUUGCUGGUAUUCUGCAGAGGCAAUGGCGAGACUGGGAAGGAAGGCGCUCCAUCAGAUUGGCUGGAUGAAGCUACAGCCGCAGAAUCGGCAACAGACUCUGGAGUCCAGACACUCGUUACCAGACAAAUCGCCCACGCAUCCCGGAGAUGGAGAGGAGCCUGCAAUGGCCCUGCCAUCUCCGCCGUACAAGAACAGCUAUCACCACACAGAAGAAGGACCGUCACUAUCCACGACAGUACAGGCGGUCUCCCCGGGAUCGGACUGGCAGGGAGAUCCGCAGGAGAACCCCGAACCUAAUGGAUUCGCAGAUAUUGACAUGUUCUUUGGCGAUUUUCUAGAUCUAUCCCUACCGACAAACUUUUGGGAUCCGGUCUUUCUCUCAUAAGAGUCGGCCCGAAAUACAAGUCGGCUAGACGAUAAUGAAACUUGUGGGAGGCAAUCUAAGGCGGACCGGAGUAUCUCGAUAUAUACGUGGUAUAUGGAAUGCCGGUCAAGUAUGUAUUAUGUAAUUCGGA